AUGCAUUCACAGGACCGUUCGGACUUCUAUGUACGCCGGAUGUUAGAAAAAUCCCAUUCUUUUUAUAUUGAGACCUUAUCCAAACGUUUCCCUGAGAACCUUUUCCUACCUACAGUCCCAACCCAACCUUACAUUCCUCCUUUUUUCCUUAAGGACACUAGCACGUCAUCAGUAGGCGAUGCAGAAGGGGACACAAAAGCUCUAACACCGGAAGAAGUGGUGACCAAUGUCGCCACCGACAUUUUGAAUAGACUACCUAAGGAUUUUGAUCGCGAUGCUGCAAUUGCUCGCUAUCCCACGAGCUAUCAUCAGAGCAUGAAUACGGUACUUGUGCAGGAGAUGACACGUUUCAAUGUUCUACUAAGCACCAUUCGGUCCAGUCUGAUUACAUUACGUAAAGCGAUUAAGGGUAAGUAA